AUGUUCAUCGUCAUUUUCCUUCUAUUCUUGCCAUUGGUUACCUCUCAAUACUACUAUCCGUAUCGUAAUUAUGGGUAUUAUAGUCAGGGUUAUGGUGGAUAUGGUGGCUCCCCAUACUAUGGAGGGUAUGGAGGACUUGGUGGAUUUGGUGGAGGGUACGGCGGCGGUUUGUUUUCUAACCCCGGGUAGGUAGAAGAAGACAGAAGUUAUGUUUUCAGAUCGGCAAUUGGGUCAGUUGUGGGUGCCCAGCUUGGAGCUCAACUGGGACGUGCAAUCUCAGGUUAA